AUGGCCGGCGCGGAUUCGUUUCAACUCGUCGUUCGCGAUCUAGAAGCGCUCGAUUGGUAUCGCGAGACGCCGCUUCGAAAGCUCGGAUAUAUUAGUCAGGUAGCCGAAUCGCUGCGCCCGAUCCUUCCGCGCUGGCUGUUCGCGAUGGGCUACGUGACCCCGGCCUCGUACGUCGGCGCGAUGGCCAUGGAUGAGCCGAGGAGGAUGAGGGCGCAUUUGAAAGACAAAAAGGUGCUUGACGCCCGGAGCACGCGUGCUCGCCUGAUCCUCGACACGGCCGUGUGGCAGCUGCUGAGCAACCUGAUCAUCCCGGGCAUCUUCUUGCGCCAAGUCUCCAAGAGAUCCCUCCAUCUACUGUCCAAGAAUCGGAAGAUGAACAACUGGGCCAAGAAGUCCAUCGCUUGUGCCAUCCCCUUGGCCACGAUUCCGAUCAUCGAGCGACCCAUUGAUGCGGCUGUUCAGAUGGGACUCAACUCGACGAUUCGACAAUAUUGGCCGCUGCCGAAGGAUCGA